ACUCUAUCGGAUCCAUUGAACGAUUUCACAGUGCGGCCUGCAGCAGAGACCACACGGGCAGAGCUACGGCUACGGCGGCGGCAUCGACAACGACAACUUACAACUUACAACAAAUUCUGCAACGAAUUGACGUGCAACGAAAUGCAAGUAAUAUUUGCGACGCAAUUGAAGCGCUCCUCAGAUCCUGCAAGCGGCAGGCCACGUUCCCGCAGUUCCUACCGCGGCUUCUAGGCGCCCCUCGCCCAUCGACAUCGCCAUCGCCCCAAUGUUGUCUGUGUGAGUAGGCGGAACUGCAGCACAGAUAAAAUCGAUAAAUCCAAGCCAAAAUAAAAUAAGGGAAAAUCACCAGCAAAAUAAACGAAAGUAUGACGCUCAAGUAGAACAUUCCAUCAGCGGUCGACAGCAAGCAAACAAGUCAGCUCCGUUUCCGAAUCUGCUCCUGUGUGGAGCAGCUAUCGAUAUCGAGAAAACCACCGCCAUCACCUCAAUUCGCAGCGCGAGAUGACGGAGCAAAAGAACCAGGUGACGCGUGCUGCACCGGAGCAGAGCAAUGACUACCGAGUGGUGGUCUUCGGUGCCGGCGGCGUUGGCAAAAGCUCCUUGGUGCUGAGAUUCAUCAAAGGCACGUUCCGCGAAAGCUACAUUCCGACCAUUGAGGACACCUACAGACAGGUCAUAAGUUGCAACAAGAACAUUUGCACGCUGCAAAUAACAGACACAACUGGAUCGCAUCAGUUCCCGGCCAUGCAGCGACUGUCCAUAUCGAAGGGACACGCUUUCAUUCUGGUUUUCUCUGUGUGCUCCAAGCAGAGCCUGGAGGAGCUACGGCCCAUCUGGGCGCUCAUAAAGGAGCUCAAGGGUGCCGAUAUACCCAACAUUCCUGUCAUGCUCGUGGGCAACAAGUGUGAUGAAACCGCCGAGCUGAGAGAGGUGUCGCAGAUUGCGGGCCAGGCGCAGGCCACCACCUGGAGCAUAUCGUUCAUGGAGACAUCGGCCAAAACCAACCACAAUGUAACUGAGCUGUUUCAGGAGCUCCUCAAUAUGGAGAAAACCCGCACCGUCUCCCUGCAAUUGGAUACGAAGAAGCAAAAGAAGCAGAAGAAGGAGAAAAAGGCAAAGGAAACGAAUGGCGCCAUACCGGAGAACGGGGAGGCUAGCGCCAGUGCCAGCGGCGGUGCCAAGGAGAAGUGUCGGGUUAUGUAAGGAUUAUCGGAUUACAAUGAAGUGAUUCCGAGACGAGUCGAUGCGAAAUGAAAUGGUGACAGACAAAUACUCGCUUUGGGGCAAGUAGCGUUGGGUUAACCCACACGCAUGCACACCCCCCCAUCUAGAUUUAAACCCGUGCAUCCCCACCCCACCAACCACACACAUAAAAACAAGCACCCAAAAUCAUACAAUAUGUAUUUAAGAAGAAAACACUACGAUUACAAUUACAAAUACGAUUAUGACUAUAUUUUGCAUAGGUUUUAUUCAAGCAAAGAAUUUUCUAGUCGCACAGUAUACACAUACGAAUACUAUACUAAACAAUAUGAUACUAUCCUUACCAAACUAUAUGAACACAACACACAGAACAGAACAUCCACGAAUGGAUGGGUUGACACAAUCGCAUCUGAAACGCAACGGCAUACAUAUCAAAUAUUUACACACUUGCAUGAUGCACCACCACCAACAACAACACCAAUCCAAUACGAGUACACCACUGGUCACUGGUCACUGGUCACGCGAUGUGCCCAGAGUAAUCUGUAGCGUAGCCCCAUCCCAUGUAACACACAUAAACAGGUAUCAUUCAAAGCUAUACACUAUCGACAUAAAUACUUACUUACAUACAUAGAAUAUCUCUAAUGAAAGCCAAAGUACCUACUUAAAAGACAUAAAUCUGUAUCUACUUACGAUAUACAAGUACUUACAAUAUUUACAUACAUACUUAAACCCAUUGACAGAAGACUUCUCUAUGUAAGUAGUCGACACGGAGACAAUUGUGGGGUUGCUGUCUCAGCAAACUAUCUAAGAACCGAUCCUCCCCCCACAUUACCGCCGUAUGCCUCCCCAGACUAUCAUUGCUGUUUAACUAUUUACCACCAAACAAACAAAGAACACUUAAUGAACGAAUGAAUGAAUGAAUAUAGUACGAACCGAACCGAACAGAACCCUGAUCGCCACAUAAUUAAGCUAAUGUAUAAAAUACUCAUAGCCAUGCCACAGACCCCCCCAGACAUUCACGAAAUAUUCAUAGAAAUCUGCUAGUCUGCUAUUAUUUGUUUAUUUGAGCAAAUUCCAGUUAACAUUAAUUAUGUAUAUUGUACAAUUUCAUAAUUAUUUGCUGAAAGUUAUGGACGGGAGGAGAGCAUUUUACACACAGAAGUAGUGCUAAAAGUGUAUGAAAACCAAAGUCUAAGCUUAAGUUAGAUCGAAAGUCUAAGUAAAAUCCGAGCAACCGUUCAGCCGUAGUAGUGUGGAAGUGAGCCAAAAGAACACGCGUACAUCGAAGGAUAUUUGAGAGUGCAUUUUUGCAGCACAAACACAGGAGAUGGGAUUAAGUUGCCUGUUUUUAAACAAAACACACACCACAAACACGUGUAGUAUCUUAUGUAUAACUUAACACAAACAAUUCCAAUUAUGGCAUUCGUUUCUUUUUUAAAAUAAAAAUUAUAUUUGAGAUUGGCUUGUGCAUAGGCGUAGGAGUAGGCAUAGGCAUU